AAGCAGCCGCCUCCCAUUUGAGACCACUUUCAUCCGCUUCCUGUCUGGCCGAUUGUAUCGACUACUCAGCCUGUGGUUCGCUCAACUAUUGCACUGAACCUCAACAGUCUGUUCAAGAUGCCUUUCAAGCUACAGAACCCAUGGAAGGAGAACUUGAAAGAUACUCCGAAGGAGUCACUCAAUUGGCGUCUAUGGUAUGGUGUGCUUGUGUUUGGUUUGAUGGGCGCUGCCCGUGGUAUCGAUGAAGGCCUUAUUGGUACCACCGCUGAGCUGGUGCCCUUCCAGAAGAAAUUCGGUCUCGAGGAUCACAACAAGUCUGCGCACGAGAAGGCUGAGCUUCUGUCAAACAUCACCUCCAUGGUACAGAUGGGCUCCAUUCUCGGUGCUCUAGUUGCUUUCGUUGUUACGGAUCGGAUUGGUCGUCUCUGGGCGACACGACAGCUCUGCCUUAUUUGGGUCAUCGGCAUCUCCAUCUUCCUUGCCAGUAGCGCGACUGGAAGCAUCGGUAUGGUUUACGCUGGGCGCUUUAUUGCCGGUGUUGGCAUCGGCCAGACUACUGUUGUUGCACCUACAUACCUGGCUGAGACUGCUCCUCGAGCCAUCCGUGGUCUUUGUGUGUGCGCUUUCUCCGGCUCGGUCUACCUUGGAAUCAUGCUGGCAUACUUCGCCUCAUGGGGUUCCUCAAUCCACAUCUCGAGUAAGACCGACACACAGUGGCUCGUACCCAACAGCAUGCACUUGAUGUUUGCUGGUAUCAUCUUUCUUCUUUCCUUCGGAGCCAAAGAGAGCCCUCGAUGGCUCAUCAAGGUCGGCCGUCACGAGGAGGCGCUCAAGAAUCUCUCCCAGCUCCGCCAGCUGCCUGAUGAUCACCCAUACAUCCAGACCGAGAUCAUCGACAUCAACGAUCAGCUUAACCGCGAACGUGAGGCUACAAUGGGCACAUCCUGGCUUGGCCCUAUCAGAGAAAUGUUUUCCAACAAGGCCAAUCUUUAUCGCCUUCAGCUCUCUGUCAUGUCACAGCUACUGGGACAGUGGUCGGGUGCCAAUUCUAUUACGAUUUACGCGCCCCAGUACUUUGCCAUGAUGGGUACAACUGGUCAAAACGAGAAGUUAUUUGCUACGGCAGUCUUCGGAGUAGUCAAGCUCGUAUCAUCUCUGCUCUGCGCUUUCUUUCUCAUCGACUUUAUCGGCCGCAAACGCUCUCUCUCCACCGGUAUCACUAUCCAGUUUUUCGCGAUGCUGUACAUGGCUAUCUUCCUCCUGGUCGACAACAAGAUCUCCGAUAAGACUGUGCCCCAGACCUCGAGCCAGAAGCACGCUGCUAUGGGUGCUAUUGUCAUGAUAUACUUCAGCGGUUUUGGAUGGGCUCUUGGUUGGAACUCGAUCCAGUAUCUGAUCAACUCCGAGAUUUACCCGCUCCGUCUACGAGCCUUGGGCGGAUCCUUCGCCAUGACCUUCCAUUUCGUCAACCAGUAUGGAAACUCCAAGGCUGUCCCGCUCAUGUUCUUGUCCAUGACCACUGGUGGCACCAUGAUGUUCUUUAGCUGCGUCACCGCUAUUGGUCUUGUCUGGGUCUGGUUCUUCCUUCCCGAGACGUCUGGACGCAGUUUGGAGGCUCUCGACGAGAUGUUCAAUCUGCCCUGGUAUAUCAUUGGUCGUAAGGGUGCCGCUCUUACCGCCGGAUCGGGUGGUCUUUCCGAGGUUCUUGACCAGUCGGGCGAAAAGGCUGCUACCAUCGAGAUGGAGAACUCCGAUGCCAAGGUUCAAGGCCAGGAGCACACUGUUGAGCGCAAGGUUUAAGCGCAUGAAGGAGACAUAUGAUACCAAGUAGUUUACGACCAUAAAGACUGAGAUGUAAGGGCGAAGCUCCAUCUCUCUAACGAACACAAUCACAAUUUCAGUUGCUGAUAGUAACUCUCCAAGCCCAUAAAACUGCUCCU